AUGGUGAGCGAGUCCCCGGGGCCCGGCGCCCGCGUGCCCUGGCGGCGGAGCGACGAGGCGCUGCGCGUGAACGUGGGCGGCGUGAGGCGGCGGCUGAGCGCACGCGCGCUGGCCCGCUUCCCGGGCACGCGGCUGGGCCGCCUGCAGGCCGCGGCGUCCGAGGAGCAGGCGCGGCGCCUGUGCGACGACUACGACGCGGCGGCGCGCGAGUUCUACUUCGACCGGCACCCGGGCUUCUUCCUGGGCCUGCUGCACUUCUACCGCACCGGCCGCCUGCACGUGCUCGACGAGCUGUGCGUCUUCGCCUUCGGCCAGGAGGCCGACUACUGGGGCCUGGGCGAGAGCGCGCUGGCCUCCUGCUGCCGCGCGCGCUACCUGGAGCGGCGCGUGGCGCGGCCGCGCGACUGGGACGAGGACAGCGACACGCCGAGCAGCGUGGACCCGUGCCCCGACGAGAUCUCCGACGUGCAGCGCGAGCUGGCGCGCUACGGGGCCGCGCGCUGCGGCCGCCUGCGCCGCCGCCUCUGGCUCACCAUGGAGAACCCCGGCUACUCGCUGCCCAGCAAGCUCUUCAGCUGCGUCUCCAUCGGCGUGGUGCUGGCCUCCAUCGCCGCCAUGUGCAUCCACAGCCUGCCCGAGUACCAGGCCCGCGAGGCGGCGGCCGCCGUGGCCGCGGUGGCCGCGGGUCGCGGCACGGAAGGCAUGCGCGACGACCCGGUGCUGCGGCACCUCGAGUACUUCUGCAUCGCCUGGUUCAGCUUCGAGGUGUCGUCGCGCCUCCUGCUGGCGCCCAGCACGCGCAACUUCUUCUGCCACCCCCUCAACCUCAUCGACAUCGUGUCGGUGCUGCCCUUCUACCUCACGCUGCUGGCCGGCGUGGCGCUCGGCGACCGGGGCGGCGCGGGCGGCGAGGACCUCGGUGACCUGGGCAAGGUGGUGCAGGUGUUCCGCCUCAUGCGCAUCUUCCGCGUGCUCAAGCUGGCCCGCCACUCCACCGGGCUGCGCUCGCUGGGCGCCACGCUCAAGCACAGCUACCGCGAGGUGGGCAUUUUACUGCUGUAUCUGGCCGUGGGCGUGUCCGUGUUCUCUGGUGUGGCCUACACAGCCGAGAAGGAGGAGGACGUGGGCUUUGACACCAUUCCCGCCUGCUGGUGGUGGGGCACGGUGAGCAUGACCACUGUGGGCUACGGGGACGUGGUGCCCGUGACGGUGGCUGGCAAGCUGGCAGCCUCAGGCUGCAUCCUCGGGGGCAUCCUGGUGGUGGCGCUCCCCAUCACCAUCAUCUUCAAUAAGUUCUCUCACUUCUACCGGCGCCAGAAGGCUCUGGAGGCUGCUGUGCGCAACAGCGACCCCCGGGGGUUUGAGGAUUUGCUGAGCAGUGUGGAUGGGGUGUCGGAGGCGUCUCUGGAGACCUCCCGUGAGACCUCCCAGGAGGGAAGGUCUGCAGACCUGGAGGCCCAGGCCCCGAGUGCACCUGCAGACUCUCAGGUUUAUUAA